CGCAGUCGGCGCUAAAGGAGCGUUCACUCCCUCCACGGGAGCGCACAGCUUUCCUUUUCAUUUUGAGGGCGAGCCAGUGGGUGCGUGGGGGAAGAGAACAAAAAGAAAAGAAAUUCCACUCAGCGUUUUCGGUGCACUUCCCGAUGAGUUCGUCCACUUGCUUCGAAGAUACCUGCGUAGACUGACAGACCCCCCCCCCCCCCCCCCCCCCCACGCCAGUUCAGGGGAUGUUCUAGGCACAGCGUGUCUCCAAAGGGCAACUGGAGCGGGGCGGUCCGAGCCCCGACGAUGCGGAGAGAUCGAGUCCCGGUAGUUUGUCGUUAUGAGCGGACGGAGCCCGAGAAGCCGCUGUCGCGGAUUGAUUGACUGAAUGAAUGGUGUUUGAUUUUUUUUUUUUCCUUUUUCUGGUGGUCAAAAUCAGAGGAUUUAUUUGUGUUUUGUGUCGCGAACUGAAGAGUGGAAUUAACCCCUCGCGCGGUGGAAAUACAUCGUCUCUUUGGGACCCCCAACUCGUCUGUGUCGCCGCGGAGUUCCAACAUGAAGUCUGUCACUGUGUGGAUGUGCGUCUACGUCUCCCUGCUGCUCUUAGAUGACGAGGCAAGUUCGUGGGAAGGCCCCUCGGCUUUGUCCGUCUCCCUGAGCACAAGUGCUCCAGCAUCUCCAGGCACGGGGUCUCAGCCGGAAUGGGUGGAUUGCAUCCAGGCUAGUGACAUGUGCAACCAGAACCCUUACUGCAGCUCCCGGUACCGGGUGAUGCGCCAGUGCCUCGUGGGCAAGGAGAAGGAGGCCAUGCUGGACAACAACAGGGAGUGCCAGGCUGCCCUGGAAGUGCUGCUUGUUAGUCCUCUGUAUGACUGCCGCUGCAAAAGGGGCAUGAAGAAGGAGCUGCAGUGUCUGCAGAACUACUGGACCAUCCACAUGGGACUCACUGAAGGUGGCGACAUGGACGACUCAUCUCCGUAUGAACCUGUAGCUCCAAACCGACACCCUGACGCAUUCCGCUUGGCUUCCAUCUCAUCAGGGAUGCUCACAGUAGCAUCAAAAGGUUUCCACUGUCCCGAUGCCGAGAGAAACUGCAACCACUGUCUUGAUGCGGCCAAAGCCUGCAACCUCAACAACAGCUGCAAGAAGCAACGCUCCACCUACAUCGCUACCUGCAGCAAGGAGGACCCCAACAAGGGGGAAACGUGCAGCAAGAAGCGCUGCCACAAAGCCCUGAGAAUGUUCCUGGACCGCGUGCCCACUGAGUUCAGCCACCGUCUGCUCUUCUGCCCCUGCCAGACUGAGGGCUGCGCCGAGCGACGCAGGCAGACCAUCGUGCCCGAUUGCUCCUACAAAGAAAAGGAGAAACCCAACUGUCUGGAGCUACGGAGGGUCUGCCGCCAGGACUCGCUCUGCAGGUCUCGGCUGGCUGACUACCUGGCAAACUGCUGGAUGACGCCGCACACAGUGAGCACCUGUCCCAACCAAGACAAUCACCAGGCCUGCUUGGCCUCCUACGCAAGGCUCAUCGGGACCGAAAUGACUCCCAACUAUGUCGACAACAGCUUCUCUAACUGGACCAUAUCCCCGUGGUGCACCUGUAAGGGCAGUGGAAACCAAGAAGAAGAAUGUAUGAACUUCCUGCGGUACUUCACCGAAAACACAUGCCUAAGAAACGCCAUUCAGGCCUUCGGUUAUGGGAUAGACAACAUGCAGAACAAAAGCAUGUCUGUCCCAGGCCCCUCGGCAAUGACGAAGACGGGGUGGGACUGGUCAACGGGAACCUCGGAACCUCCAUUUGUCGCCAUCCCAAAGUAUCCUGAACCAAGGGACGGUGGCCUGGGCAAGACCCAGGGCCUGCCAGAGGAUCACUCUGCCUGCUUGUAUUCCGACGUCUGGGCUCUGCUUCUUGGCCUGGCUGUGGCUCUGGUGCUGGCCCAGCAUGCCUUAUAGAAGUGCGAGGAGGAGAAAAAAAAGAGGUCAUCCACCCACAAGCUGAUCCCAAAAGCAGAAGGUGUUAUUUCUGAGACUGAUAUUAGGAAAGGCUGAGUAUCUGGGCAGUUGAUAUAAAUGACAUUUAUGAAAGAGGAAAAACAAAAGGAGGAGAGCGGUAAAUGUUGAAAAAUUUUACAACUGUGAAUUUGUUGUUCAUUCGGUGUUUUGUCAGGGCGAGCCACAUCUGUGAUUGAGUAUAUGACUUUAAAAAAAGGACCCUUGGUAGGUGAGGCCACGAAGGCCAUUCUCCGGAAAACGACCCCUCACUCUGACUAAGACGCCAAAAUCUGGAGGACUGAAGCCGAUCUAACAAAGACUUCUGAACUUUUUCUCACCAAAGGAGGGACAGCGGGAAUGAACAAAAUAAUUAAAAGAAGACUGGGCUGACAGAAAAUAAAUUGUUGCAGAGAGAAAAGGAAUGGGCAUGAAGUAAAUGGGGUAGAGUGCGAGCAGAAAGAGAAAGAGAGACACAUUCCUUCCAUCAGUCACACUUUCGUUUGUCCUGAAUUGGUUCUUGACUUAAUCUUCUCUUGGACGAACAGACCAGAAAUUUAGGGGCGGGGACGGGGGAUGAUUACAUUCUGUCUCUUCAACACUAGUGUAAACUCUAAAUUGUAAAGCCUACUCAGUGUUCUAAGUGUUGGUAUAGUAUCUGUGACCAUAAUCAAUCUACCGUACACCUCUUUCAUUUGGGUGAUACAGUAUACUUUGUUUCAGCCGGCGGUGAAAAAGAACUAAAGAUGGCAACGUUCACAGUUUAUGGUUCUUUGGUCAUUUGAGAUGUUGUUGUUGAUGACCUUGGGUGUUCGUCACACGUACACCUGCACAAGUGUAUAUUUCUGUCUAUGUAUAUAAACAAUCUCCUUUCAUUCAGCCUAAUGAUAUCAACAGUAACUUGAGUGGACCUUGCUGUAUGCUAAGACGGCUCCGUAAUGGGUAUUAAGACGAUCUUCAUUAUCUGCGUUAAUAUUUGUCGAUACUGUAAAGGUUUGAUCACAAAGAAUGUAUACAGGGAUGAGAUUAAACGAGCUCAAACUGCUUGGAAAGCCAUAA